CCUGCGCUAUGGCUCAUCUAACUGGCCCAUCUAACUUAAUUACACGAUCCCCCUUACAUUGCCUAGAGGCUGUAUUUUACCGCCAACGGCAAGCACGGCAGCCCGCCUGAGUUAAAAGUGGCUGCCAAUUAGACACCCUCCAAGCUAGCCAAAACGUCUUGAAAUCUGAAUGCGUUUCCCAACUAAUAUGAUCCCCCCCCCCCGCUGUUUGGGACGUGACGUAGUAGUCCAAACCUUGUCAAAAAUGAUCGGCUCUUAGCGCGCCCGCUAUUCGCGGUGUAAUUGCCCCGAAGGUAACCCAAUCCGGGUCCUGGCGGCGCAAUGUCAGUUAUCGAGUUAUGAAGGGCUGCUCUUUUGUUUUUCUUUAAUUUUUUUUCCUCUCCCACAGCUUUGAACAGCAUCUCGUCUACGUCGUAGCUAUGGCUGUCCCAGCGCGCCUACAGCUCGUCGUAGCUGCUGUGCUGGCCCUAUUUACCCUUUCAACGCUAGCGCUACCACUUGAUGAGAACAGCAGCAACAACAGAACCGCACCUCUGCCACCCAGCCAAGAUCCGUUUUACGGCAUUCCUCAAAAUAUCGAAUACUUUUCCCCAGGGGCUAUUAUCCGCCACCGCACGCCGACAGCGCCAAUUCUGUUUACCGCACGCCCAUACUCUGUUGAGUCGGCUCAUCAGAUUCUGUACCGAACCGCUGACCGCUUCGGUACGCCAACAGCAACUGUUCUCACCGUUUUGGUGCCGCCAAACCCGGAUUUCUCCAAAGUGGUUUCCUAUCAGAUUGCCGAGGACGCCGCGUACGUAAACUGCGCUCCGUCGUACGUGUAUCAAAAGGGAACCGAAGCCGCCAUUACCAACGGCACAACAACAACGCAAUUGGAGGGACUCUUCAUUGAAGCUGCGCUUGAACAGGGAUGGAUCGUGAUCAUCCCAGACCACGAAGGCCCUGAGGCGUCGUUCCUCGUCAGCAAAGCCGGUGCUCAAGCAACGCUGGAUGGCAUCCGAGCGGCUCUCCAGUCGAUGCAUUUAACGUGCAUCGAGCCCGAUGCCGCCGUAGCCCUCUGGGGAUACUCUGGGGGCAGUGUGGUGAGCGAGUGGGCGACAGAGAUGCAGCCAACGUAUGCACCCGAGGUCAAGAUUGUCGGCGCUGCGCUGGGUGGCCUGGUCCCCAGCAUCGCCAACUCGGCUGCCGUUGACAAUGGCAGUCUUGCGGCCGGCUUGAUCCCUGCAGCGUUCAAGGGCAUGGCGACGCAAUACCCAGAGGUGGCAGAGGAACUGGACCGCCUGAUCAAGCCAGACUUUAAAGCCAAGUUUGACAAGGCAGAUGCGCUCUGCCUCGGCUCACUCAACAAAGAGUUUGCCCUCACAGACUUCCGAACGUACUUUGACACGCCCGACAUCUUUGCCAACAAGUAUAUUAGCGGAGCGUUUCGCGAUAAUGACCUUGGCCAGAUGGGUACGCCACAGGUUCCGCUAUUUAUCUACAAGGCUGUGCAAGAUGAGGUUUCACCAGUCGCAGAUUCCGACCAGUAUUACGAUGAUCAGUGCGCCAAGGGCGUCAGCAUCGAGUAUGUGCGCAGUGCAAUUGGUAACCAUGAGACUGAAUUGCUCGCUGGCUCGCUGAGAGCUGCUGCCUGGCUCCGAGAUCGUCUGGAAGGCAAGCCCCAAAGCGGCUGCAACAAGACAACAUAUCCUACCACUUUGUUGGAUGCGUCUCAGGUCAAAUUCUUGCCAGCUGAUCUUGUUGCAACGAUUUUGGCAUUUCUCAAGAUCUUUACCUCACCGAGGACUCCAGGCUCUCAAUAGUAGCAAAACGGGCUUCGCAUUUGUUUGUAUAUCUUUUCUUUUUGAUGUCGGUUCAUGUGUUUUGUGUUGUUCAUCUCGACUAGAAUGAGC